AUGGCUCUUUCAAUUGCUUCACGGAGUCGGCCUUUGGUCGACUUGUCGAGCUUCCGGUCGGUCGCCAACUUGGCUCCGCGUCUGAGCAGCGUGCAGAUGCAACCACAGCUUGAGCAACGCCGCGCAUACGAGGCAGCGCUUCCGAAGCAGCGCCGACAGAGGAGGCAUUUGCUUCCUGGCAAGACCCGGCCGCCAUUAUAUCACAAGUUUGAUUGCUUGGUUGAAUUAUCAGACGGAUCGACGUUUGUUCGCCAAUCACCUUUCCCCCGAGUCGAAUGGAGAUACCUGCGAGACCAGCGGGUUCAUCCAUUGUGGAAUCCUACCAUUGCCGGAUUCACUGCCGUGCAGGCCGACAACGCCGGCCGGGUUGCCAAGUUCAACCAGAAGUUUGUCAGCGAUUUGUUUGAGGGAGAUGAGGAAGGUGUGGCCGAGGAUGGCUCGCUGUUUGACGAGAAUGUUGAUGCUUUGUUUGGUGACUUUGAGCACAAGGAGUCGCUCAAUGUCCGCGUCUACCAGCGUGUCCGAUCAAAGGGAAAGAAGGGUUCGAGCGGCAAGGGCAGAUACUCGUAG